AUGGAAAUUUCUCAAAAUAUAGGUUUUGAUAGCCAUAAACACAAUAAUUUAAUAAUACAGAAGCUAAAGAAUGGUAAAGAAAAAAAAGGUACAGAAAAUUCUCAAGAAUAUAAAGACCAGCUUGAAAAAAGGCUUGGAAAUAUAUUCAGGGAAAUUAGCCUCAGAAAUGAAUCCAAUUCUUUUAGAAUAACAAUGAAUGGUGAAAUUCAAAAGAUGAGAAAUUUGAGUAAGCUUGAUGCAUACUGUAAAUUUAUGAUGCUUUCUUACUCAAGAAUGUUUUUUGCUCUAAUAGAUUUGAAAAAUAAUUGUGGGUUGGAGGAUGUCCAAUUUCAUACGCUUGAAUUAAGGAAGUUGAACUAUAUCUUUAAAAAUUGUACUCAUUUCAAUAUUAAAUAUAAGUUUUUAGAACAAAAGAAAACCGAUCUUGAAAAGAAAACAAUAAGUUCAUAUGAAGAAGUCUCAAUUCCUAAGCAAGAAAAAUAUGUUCAUAAAAAUGAAUUUAAUUUAUUAAGGAAAAUAGAUUCACUAAAUAACUCAGUGGAUGAUCUCAAAAAUAAAAUUAAGAAUUAUUUUUCAAAAAAUAUCCAAGAAGAAAUGGGUGAUUACAAGAAAACUGCAGUAGAUAAUGAACCAAUUUCAUUAAUGAGUUCACAUUCAGACACUAAUCUAUGCAAUUCUGAAUCAAGUAAUUUAGAAACAUUCAACGAUGAAAACUCCACUAAUAGUGAGGAAGAAACCAAUAUGAUUAAUACAAAUAAACAUUUAAAGGAAUUCAAGACAAAAAACAAACAGGGUUUUAGACACAGAAGAUCGAUUGAAACUAUUUCAUUCACAGGAAACAAGCUCGAAAACACUCCUCUUGUAGAGUUCUCUCCUGCACCAAAAUACCAUAGCAGAUCCAAAACUCAAAAUACUAAUCUCCUACAACAAGAACAAUCUGUAAACAGUUUCAUUAUCUCGUAUAAUGGAAUCCUUCUCAAUAAGUCAACGAUCAAUAACAACCAGUUUAGGGAUGCAAUCAAAGCACACAAAAUUGUUGAAUCUGCUAAUCUGAAUCAAAAACUCUUGUUUAGAAAUAAAUCAAAUUUUAACCCUCACCAAAAUGUCAGAUAA